AUGUGUAAGAAGUCCAUCAAAUUCAGAAAAAAAAAUAAAGAUGAGAAGAACACAUCCUCCGGUCUCCAGCGGCAGGCGACACACCGCGACACCCCUCACCUCGUGACGCCGGGGUUCUGCGGCACUCCCGGCCAAAAGCACUUUCCGAAAAAACCGCCGCUCCAAAGCCUGCCCGCCCGCCGCCGCGCGACACCCCGGCGCCGAGCCCGGGUCCGAGCGACGCCUCCUGUUGGCCGCGGCGGUUUGCUCAGCUCCUGGUCCCGGGCCGCGCCAAAUCCGCGCAGCGCAGCUGAGGCGCCGCCCGGCUCUGCAAUUCCGGGUGUUCCCGGGCGUCCCCGCCCCCGCCUUCCCCUCAGCAGGCGCCUGGGCGCCCCCCAACCCCUGUCCAGCCUCCUUCGGACCAACGACCCGCCCCGGCCUCCCUGCAUCCCAGAGACUACUCGCAGCGCCUUCUCUCUCUCAUUCUUCUUUACCCCCUCAGCUCACCUCCCGAGGAGCGUCCAACGGGUCUUGGGGGCUCGCAGAACUGAGCCGCGAAGCGCGGGGGAAAGGCGGCGAGCGCUUCCCGCGGCGGCGGGGAGGAAGACGAAGACUUGUGCGCUCUCAAAGUUAAUGUGAAAACAUCUUCCAAACUUCUGGGCUGCAGCCCGAAACGCGGGGUAGCCGGAAGGCUCCCGUAGCUGCCGUGCCCUCCCCCGGGGUCUGGGAAGGGCUCCUAGGCGCCUCAGAGCACCCGGGGUCGGCCCGCGGGGGAGGCCGCAUAGACGCGCCCCCACCCUGACGAACGGGGAAGGGGCAGGCGCCGGCGACCCCAACUAAAUCCUUCGGCGCCUCGGUCUGAUGUACACACCUGCCACAGGCUCUAAGUGCCUAAGAAGUGUAAACCAAUUCCAUCUUCAUGCUGACGGGACCUGAGUGAAUUCGGUACAAAGGGCAGUCUCAAAAUCUAUCACCCCGAUCCGCGAGAGCCCCGCACACUGCCGGCGCGGGGCCGGGGCCGGGGCCGGAGCCGCGAGGCCGGCGCUCGCACUCCCCGCUAGGGUUCUUCAGCCCCUCAGUGCCCUCCCGGAGCCCUUUACCUGAACGGGAGCCUGAGAGAACGGACGACAGGAGCCGAGUGGAAAGCAGUGUCCGCGCCGGAGAUCAGCGCCGAGGGCGGGAGCCGACGUCUAGGGACCACAGAGCCGCGACGCGGCGAGCCGCGCACGGGCCAUUCCGCCGCCGCGAACGCAGAAAGCCCCGACCGCGCUCCGAGUCCAGCCAGCUCGCCUGUCACCUCGAUCUCUGCUUUAAGUGGCUUCCGGUCGCCUCCUCCCGAAGGCCCGUCGCGGAGGCGGAGCCUGGGCGGCCGGAGUUCGGUGGGGUGGGGUGAGGAGGCCGGGCGCUCAGUGGGUGUCGGGAAGAAGACCCGCCCCCUGCGCGCGCGUGCGCGUUCGUUCGAGGGGAGGCGCGCGAGUUCUGUGCGGUGGACUUGUGCUCCCGCGAGGGGGCGUGUCCUUUCUCGCGCCCGCAGUGUCCCUGAGGGUCCGCGUCUACACGCGGCUGUGAGGAAGGAAGGCGCGUGCCGCGUGGGACGGGCUCCACCUGCCUGCGGACAGAUGGAGGGUCACUUUGUUCCGAGAAGACGCAGGCACCCGAGGGAGGAUGUGAAACGGAACGACCCGUUUCGGUGCGGUUGGCUUUGUUUAUUUGCCUCCUCCCCUGACGCCUCCAGCCUCUGAUUCCGGCACACCCUGUGAGGAAGCAAACGGCUGCCUCCCCCACUGCCACCAGACGAGGUCGCCUGCUCCGAGCCGGACAGGCUGGACGGGCUGCGCACCUGCGGCGGCCGACUAUUUCGUGGGCCUUGUACGCCACCUUGCAGAAGGGAAACCGAGCUGUGAGGUUUUGGCGAUAGAAGCGCAUUUACUUGUGUUUUAAAGCCCACAAACGCCGUAGUGACUAACUUAUUCAUUCAGCAAAUGUCUGUCAGAGCGUCUAUUACGUACCAGGCAUGUAGCCUGAACUUCAUGCCUGUCCUCAUGGAGCUUGCAGAGCACCUCUGAAAUACACACCACAUACGGAAUGGCCAUA